AUUCUUCAGAUGUCAGAGGAGCCGCUGGAUGAGCUGGACCUCAAGAAAUACAACACAUCAGAUGAGGGGAGAAGAAGACUGGUACCAGCUGUGAUCAACUGCACAAAAGCUCUACUUGCUGGCUGUAAUUUUACUGGUCAGUCUUGUGAGAGUUUGUCUUCAGCUCUACAAUCCUCAAACUCUGUCCUGAGAGAGCUGGAUCUGAGUAACAAUGAUCUGCAGGAUUCAGGAGUGAAGCUGCUCUCUGAUGGACUGAAGAGUCCAAACUGUCAGCUGGAGAUACUGAGGUUGUCUGGAUGUAUGGUGACAGAUGAAGGCUGUGGUUAUGUGUCUUCAGCUCUGAUUUCAAACCCCUCACACCUGAGAGAGCUGGAUCUGAGCUACAAUCACCCGGGAGAUUCAGGAGGCCAGCUGCUCAACCACAAACUGCAGGAUCCAACCUAUAAACUGCAGAUACUCAAUUUGGACCAUGGAGGACAUUUUAGGAUCACACCAGGUCUGCGGAAAUAUGCCUGUGAUAUCACACUGGAUCCAAACACAGUGCACACUCAACUCAUCCUUUCUGAAGGGAACAAAAAAAUAACAUGUGUGAAAGAGCAUCAGCCAUAUCCUGAUCAUUCAGAGAGAUUUGAGCGCUUUGAGCAGAUUCUGUGUAGAGAGAGUCUGACUGGACGCUGUUACUGGGAGGCUGAAUGGAGCGGCUCCGGUCAUGUAGCAGUGGCAUAUAAAGGAAUCAACAGGAAGGGAGGAAUUGAUUGUUGGUUUGGACUCAAUGAAAAGUCCUGGAAUAUUUACUGUUGUGAUACGAUUUACACUGUCUGGCACAAUAAUAAGAGCACUGAUAUUCCUCGCUCUUCAUCCUCUAAUAGAGUAGGAGUGUAUCUGGACUGGUCGGCUGGCACGCUGUCCUUCUACAGCAUCUCUGACACACACACACUCACACACUUACACACAUUCAACACCACAUUCACUGAACCCCUCUAUGCUGGGUUUAAGGUUUAUCCUGAUUCUUCAGUGUUUCUAUGUCAGAUUUAACAACAUUCCUGUGAGGAACUGCAGAGACACAAGUGGACGCCUAACUUAGAGCAAAUAAAGAACGUUCAAAUUUCUUAUUUAUUUGGCUCUUGGCAGCCAUAUACAUAAUAUUUUCUAAAAAAACACACACACACACACACAAAAAAAACGCAUCAAAUAAUUUCUACAUAUAGUGCGCAAGUAACGGGAUAUUAAUAGUGGCCAAGUAAAAAUAGAACACUAGGCUUUGAAUUUAAAGAUGAAUUUGAAUUCAAAACUUUCUGAGCAGUUUCACUCCAAUGAAAACAGUGGCAUUCAGUGCAUCAA